ACACUUCACUUCACUUCACUGCACUUAAUUUAUUUUACUCAUGGAAAACCCUAGAAUAAAAACUACCCAAAAGUGUGUGAAGAUUACUUCAUACAACAACGAUGCUGUUCGCUCGCCAACUAGAGUCGUGAAAUCGGUCUGCCCUUCCCUUCCCAUGAAAGCAAAACCUUCGGUUAUCCCGACGAAGGCAUCAAUAAAAGAAAACAUGAAGCCUGUGGAUGUCAAACUCCAAACAAUAGCCAAAGAAAGCACCAAGUACUCUAUGGAAGUUAAACUUCAAACGAAGGAAAGAGCAGUCAAACGUGCAUUCUUUAACUACUCGGUAGCGACCAAGCUUUACCUAAUGGAGCAACAAAAGAGACAAAUAGAGAAGAUACAGAAGAUGAUUGAAGAAGAAGAGGUUCGAAUGUUAAGAAAGGAGAUGAUCCCUCGAGCUCAGUUGAUGCCUCUAUUUGAUCGGCCCUUCUUCCCGCGAAGAUCUCCUACUCCUACAAAAGUUCCAAAAAAGCCAAGUUCCCAGGAAACGCAUAGAAACAGCUUAUCUUGCACAAGAGAAUUCUACAACUUCAGACAAAAUGAAGCACAGUGAUCACCAUCAUCAUUGAUCAUGUAUCAUAGUACAGCUCGAUCAUGUUUGUUGAGCUUCUAGCUAGCCUUUCACCUGUCAGUUCUUCUGACUAGCUAGAAGAGUGGUUUCUCAGAAGAAAGGGAGUAGGUAUAGAUCGAUUUAAUAUCUUGAAUAAGGUCGGAAUGGGCUAGAAAGUGUUAGCUUGUGGCCUGAUCGAUGGCCUGAAAAGAAUCCCUUUUUUUAGUUUGGUUUCUUUAUGUAAUCAUGUAUUGGUCUUGA